CGAGAUGCGCCUUGUAGCAGUUGGUGCACAUCGGCUGCCCCUCGUGAUCGACGAGGAGAGAUGAAUCGAGCCGUCGACCGCAUAUUGUGCAUGCCAAGCAGGGCUUAUGAUAAAUCUUGGAAGCCGGACCAAUGACUUGCUCGGCCGCGUACACUGACUUGUCGCAUUUCGCACAUUUAGGCGCUACACCCCCGAUGCGAGGCGGCAUGAUUCGAAGAUCUGUCCGUUGCACUUGCCAGCCGGCGUUGCAGGCUCGUAUCUGUCGUGUGAAGGCGCCGCUACCCCAGGGGAUCGCACUACCGGUAACACGAAAGUCAGCCACGUGAAGCAGACGUGCAACGACGCGACGGGCCGAUCUCUCACUACUGGAAACCCUGACGACGAUACACCGAGGCCGGCAGCUGCGUCAAGAGUCAAACCAACGCAUCAUGUUCAGGCACCCGCCAUCUGGCCGGCCGCCUCCACCAUUCUAUCCUGCGUCACAACAGCAACAGUCAAAUACACAGGCGCCAAGCAUGCCCAGUCUGCGAUCGAGGGCCGUUCCUAUCGUGGCACCAGCCGCCACGGGAACAGGAACAGAGCAGAGUGAGGACGCAGAGGCAACAAGGACGGCGCCAUCUCCAUCUGCCUCGUCUCCAUAUACGGGGUUGAGAACUGCAAGCGCACUCGGAGGUGGGGGCGGCAGCAGCAGCAGCAGCGGAGCGUUGCCAGGAGAUUCGACGUCAUCCUCUCCUAUGAAGGGCGCUCUGUCUGCGCGCGCAGCCGCUGCAGCCGUUUUUGUCCCAAAGUCUGCAGCCGCGCAAACCUCCUCCUCCUCCUCAUCGUACGAAUAUGGGAGUAGCGCUCCGGAGCCAGACGAUCGGAGAACCAGUGGCACAGGCCAGGUGCCGGAGGAUAUCAGCUUCGAGCAGCCACCGGCUCAUGGGUCUUUCAAUACCUACAAUUCAGGUCCACAGGUGGGCAUUUAUCCGCAUAACAAUGAGAGUGGAAGAGGCACGCCAAAUUCCUUUGGCCUGAGUGGUGGUUACGAUACUGACGGCAUGAACAGCGCCUUUGAUCCUACGUAUAUGGGGCCAAUUACCUCGAACCAGGAGUACAUGCCGGGACCCGCGACCCCUUCGACCGGUAGUGCCCCUACCGGUGCCGCCCAUAGCAGCAGAGGAAGUACGAGGGUGUUUAAUCCUUACGAACACAUGAACGAGUUCGGUGAGCCAUCUUCUGGCCUGGGUAUCAAUGGCAUGCCGACCCAGGGCCUUGAUUAUUACGGAACGCCGGGACGCGGUCUCGGUAUUGGUGCUGGCGGUGCCGGCGGAGGUGCCGGCGGAGGCAGCGGCGGAAGCGGUGCUGUUGGAGGUGGUGGAGGUGGCCAUAGCGGUGCGAGUGCCAUGGGAGCCGGAGGAGCGCCUGGCCACGCAAAGGUCCGUCAGCCUCUCCAAUACCAUCUCUACAAUCCACCCCUGCCCCACGUCUCGAAUCUGCACCCCCAACAUCUCAGCGCUCAUGCCUUCUUCCUGAGCCCUGAUCAUCGCGAGGAGUUGCAACGCAAGAACGAUGCCAUUUACGCAAACGCUGCAAGACCAGAAUUUGGCGGUCCAAGUCUUCCCGACGAGCUCCAUGUCUACCAUUCCCUCGUCCCUUUGGAGCCCUCGACGACGAGUGGCGGUCCUCUUGGCGGCCUCGUAUCUCAGCUCAUUGAUCCACGCGUCACUCCACCGACCGCACCGGGCAAUGUCUUGCAAUUGACCGGUGGCGCUGGCAUGAUCUCCAAGGUUUUUGGCCUGCGGACUUACGUCUACAAGGCAACGUGCAACCUCGAUGGCAAGGCGUAUGUCCUUCGGCGAUUGGCAGACUACCGGCUCAGCCAUGAAGCUGCGAUAGGUCUCGUCGAAAAUUGGAGGAAGAUUCGGCAUCCCAGCAUCACAAGUGUCCGCGAAGCCUUCACGACCAGAGCAUUUGGCGACCACUCCCUCGUCUUCGUCUAUGAUUAUCACCCGUUAGCGACGACGCUUUAUGGAGAGCACAUGGUACCCAAGCCACCCCAACCGGAUCCGAGAACAGGCAGAAUGCAAUCUAUGCACAUGCACAUCAGCGAGCGGACGCUAUGGAGCUAUGCCUGUCAACUAACCAAUGCCAUUCGAUGCAUCCACCAGCACGGCAUGGCAGCUCGAUGCAUUGAGCCGAGCAAAGUGCUGAGGACUGGCAAAAAUCGUGUUCGCAUCAAUUGCUGCUCCAUCUUUGACGUCCUGACCUAUGACCCCAACGCCAAUCAGCAUCAAGGACGGCAGACGCAACAGAGCGAAGACUUGUUCGACCUUGGGAGACUUCUGGUCUCGUUAGCGUGCAACAGCAUGACGACAGUCACCCAACAGAAUGUGUCCAAGUCUAUCGAGCAGAUUUCUCGAACCUAUUCGUCCGAAUUCAAGAAACUCGUUGUCUGGCUUCUGGCCAAACCCACGCAACAGACGCAGAAGACGGCCGACGAGCUGACACGUCUAUUAGCGCCCCACAUGGCUGACGAGAUCGACAGCGCUCUCAACUACAGCGACCUGCUCGAUAGCGCCCUCACCAAGGAGCUGGAAAAUGCUCGUCUUGUUCGUCUGCUUUGCAAAUUUGGCUUCAUCAAUGAGCGACCUGAAUUCGAUCACGACCCGCGUUGGUCAGAGACGGGCGAUCGAUACGUCAUAAAGCUCUUCAGGGACUUUGUCUUCCACGCCAUAGACGAGGCUGGACGGCCCGUUGUUGACCUCAGCCAUAUCUUGACGAAUCUCAACAAGCUUGACGCAGGGAGCGAAGAGCGGAUCGUCCUGACGAGCAGAGACGAACAGAGUUGUCUGGUUGUCAGCUUUGGGGAGAUCAAGGCCUGCAUCGAAUCCGCUUUCCAGGAUCUGACGAGGCCUCGUUGAAUGGCGCAACCACUAAGAGCGUACAGUACCUCGCAUGAGCGCUUGCUCACCUCGCUAUUGCUGCUAGUCCUACGCACUUUUUCUCUUCCAUUAUACGGCUCUGUCACACAACUUUGCAACUUUUACUGCAUCUGCAAUCACAUAAAGUACAUGCUGGACUUGCC